CGUCUCCCAUCAAUUGACAGCAUCAAGCAGCCCAUGCACCCCAAGGCGAGGCUGUGGUGGGGACCUCCCAAGACAACCACCUCAUCGACGCUGCACCUCCCAGCCGGCUUCAGCCCAAGCCCUAGCUCGAGCCCAUCCUCCCUGAGCCCAUCAUGGAGGCGGCUGAAGGAAGCAACGAUGUCGUUCACCCUGAAGUGCGGGCGCACAUCAACAGCCUCGUCUCGGCGCUCGGCGGUACCAGUGCCGACGACGAUGGCCGCUAUAAGCUCGGCGAUGAUGCCCUCGAGGUGCUGCGCGACAUGAAGCGAUGGAUCCGCUUCUACGAUGAAAAGACGAACCGCAUGGACGUCGCCCGCUGCCUGGCCGAGGCCAACGCCGUGGGCGGCGACCUGCUCCCCAUAUUGGCCCUCUGGCCCGAGGCCGAGGCUGACAGCCGCCUGCGCGCCCGCAUCGCCCUCGCCUGCUACGAGAUCCUGACCCCCCUAACAUGGCCCAUCGAGCGUGACCCCGAGCGCACCACCGUCAACCACUAUCGCCACAUGCCCGUUCUGCAGCUCGCCCAACUCGCCUACAAGCGCGACAUUGUCAACUACGACGGCGCCCAGAUCCUGCACACGGCCGUCCGCGUCGCCCUGCCCUCCAUGGCCAUCCCCGCCGCCGACCGCUCGCCCCGCGACCAGGGCAUCAUCAAGCUGGUGCUCUACUUCCUCCGCAACAUCGCCGCCAUCGCUCCUCCACCUGGUCUCGGCUACGACGGCGACGAGUCCCAGAUCUCGCGCUCCGCCACCGUCGACGCCUUCUCGUACCAGGACGUCUUCCUCGCCCUGCUGACCGUGGCCUCCAACAUUGGUGACGACUUCCGUACCGAGGACGUCAUCGUCAUGGAGAUCAUCUUCCACCUGGUCAAGCGUGUCGACAUCCCCAAGUUGUUCCUCGACGAGGACGCCCUAGGCCACGCCAAGGCCGACGACCUCGCCAACCUGAUCCAGAAGGAGAAGGCCAUGCUACAGUCACACAGCAAGCGGGGACCCACCCGCCACAACCGCUUCGGCACCAUGGUCUGGGUCCAGCGCGCCGACGGCAGGAUGUCUGCCGUCUCGGGCCAGGACGCCCUGCGCGACAAGGCCAGCCGCGAACGCAAGAUGGACGAGUCCAAGACCUUUCGCCCCCCGCGCAAGUCGCGCAAGGCCGAGAUGGAGCCCAAGGACCUCGGCCCGCCCGUCUCGCUGAACCCGAGGGCCAACACCCAGCUCAGGCGCUUCGUCGAGGACUUUCUCGACUCGGCCUUUAACCCGCUCUUCCAGCAUGUCCGCAAGACCAUAGAGAGGGACGCCCCCUAUCUGCUCCACCAGCACCGCGCCCAGUUCUUCUACCUCGUCUCCUGGUUCCUCGAGGCGGAGCGCGCAAGGAUAAAGACGGACAAGGAAAAGGAAAAGAAAAAGAAAAAGCCGGCUGCGGCUCCAGCUCCGGCAGCUGCAGCUCCGCCACCCGAGGACGAAGUGUCGCCUUUCAACCUGGUCGCCGCCGUCCUAAACCAGGAGAUGUUUGUCGCAAUGAACCGCGCCAUGGAUCGGGCCUACAACGACAAGGAUUGGCAGGAGCUGACUACUGUGAUGCGCUGCUUCACCCAGAUCCUGCUGACCGUCCAGGACAUGGCAGAUGCUGGCGGGGAGGAGAACGAGGACAUUGCCGACAACAUCCUUAACCGUCUUUUCUACGAGGAGACUACGCACGACCUCAUCACCAACAUUGCACGCACCUUCAAGGACCAAGGGUUCGAGUACUUGGACGCCUGCACCGAACUCGUCCACACCUACCUCCGUAUCCUGGAGGCCUACUCCAAGCAGAACGUGGACAUGCAGGUGCGCUCGCGCAAGCGGACCCGCAAGAAGAAGAAGAAGAAGAAGGCCGCCGCUGAGGGAGAGGGCGAGAACCUCAUCGAUGGCGGGCCGGGCCCCGACGAGGCCGACUCGGGCGACGAGGAUGACGAGGCCCAGGCGGAACGGACCAGCAAGGAGCGCAAGUUUGACUUUUCGCGCUUCGCGGCCCGUUUCGUGCCCCAGGGUGUCGUCGACACUUUCGUGGCUUUUGCUCGGUACUACCGCGACCUGGACGACGCGCAGCUCAAGCGCGCCCACCGCUACUUUUUCCGCGUCGCCUUCAAGCAGGACAUGAGCGUCAUGCUGUUCCGCGUCGACAUCAUCCACCUGCUAUACAACAUGGUGCGAGGCCCGGAUGCCCUCCCCAAGACGUCGGCCACAUUCCGCGACUGGGAGGAGCUCGUCAAGCAGGUGACGCGCAAGUGCGUGCGCAAGAUCGAGGAGCGGCCCGCCCUCAUCAUCGAGAUGCUCUUCUCCAAGAUCAACAGUACCGCCCACUAUCUCGAGUUCGGUUUCGAGAAGCAGACGAUAUCGUCUGGUUCGUCGGCCAAACCCCGGCCCGCCGCCGAGCUCGAGUUCAAGCCCACGGCAGGCAUAGAGGGGCUCGACCGCCAGAUCGCCGUCGCAGUCGCCGUGCUGCUGGACAAGAACAUGUCCGAGCACAUUUCCUGGGUCAAGCAGAAGCUCGAGGACGCCGAGUCUGAGCGCCGUGCCUGGGAGGUGGCCGACAUGGCCAUGCCAUCCGUCGAGGCGAGCGCUGGCGCUGCCGAGGGAGAAGAAGGCGCUGCUGAGAAGCCUAGCGAGCCGCGAAUGCCCAAGGAACAUUCAGACACAGUCGUUCAACCCGAUACCGACGCUCGUCGGCUGGCAAUAUUCAAAAACCCGCACCUUCGUCUUCUCAUGAAGCUUGUCGGCUUUGAGCGUCUGUCGCCUGACACGGACGAGACGCCCGAGUCCGUGUGGAUCAUACCCGCGCGACUGGGCGCCGACGACCUGCUCGAGUCCCUCACCAACAUCAGCGCGGCCGAGUUCAGUCCACCCGCGUUCGAGGACGGCAAGUCGGCCGAGGACCAGCUGCGGCGCAAGCCAACAGCCGGUGCGGCAGCAGCCGCUGCGCGCCGCAGGAGGGCGGCGGCCGACGACGACGGCGACGACGUCGCGGGCAUGCUGGACGACGACUCGUCGGGCGAGGAGGAGUUCCUCUUUGAGCCCGGCGGGCCGACGGCGCGCAAGCCGGACGAGGCGGCGCGCAAGAAGAAGGGCACACGCCGGCGCAAAGGCGACAAGGAGCCGCCCACCGACGAUCAGCUGGACGAGAAGGCACGGGCGCGCCGGGAGCGCGAGCGCGAGAAGUUGCGCAAGAUCAAGUCGGCGGCCGUGGUGCACUCGAGCGACGAGGAGGACGACCCCGAGGCGGACGCGGCCUUCUUCGCGCGCGAGCGCGAGCGCAUGGCGACCCGCGACGCGCUGUACACGCGGCUGGCGGGGCUGGGCGACGACGGAGACGACAUUGUGCCGUCGGCUGCGGACAGCACAAAGCCAGCCGCAGCGGCGGGCGAGAAGAAGGUGACCAGGAAGAAGAACAAGGCGGCCUUUCUCGACGACAGCGACGACAACGAAGACGAAGAAGGCGAUGAUGAGGACGGCAGCGACAGCGAGUCCGUCGCCAAGAGGAAGCGCAAGUCGGACAACCACGAUGAUGACGACGACAGCGACGGCACGGCGGGGGCGCCGUCGCCGUCACCGCCCAAGCGCAAGACGGCCAAGAAGCCCGUCAAGCGCCGCAAAAAGGCAGCGGCUGCCUUUGCCGACAGCGACGAUGACGAUGAAAACGAGGGGGCUACAGAGAUGGUCGCUGCGCCUGCUGCUGCUGCUGCUGCUGCUGCUGCCGAGGAUGUCGAUAUGGACGACGAUGAAGAUGACGAGCCCGUCGCCAAGGCGCCCCCUCAGAAACGGGGGCGGGCCAAAGCCGGGUUCGUCGUGGAUAGUAGUGACGAUGAAUAGGGAGGUGAUUCGUCCACUUAUAUACAUGGUGCGGCGUUUCAGGGGUUUGACAUUGCAUAGCAUGUAUGAGAUAUGGCAUGUUGCGUUCUGUCUAUCUAUGUCUUGUUGUCGAGCAGGCGACGGCCGCGCAAAAAUUGGAAAUACCCUGUGAUAUCAAGCCAACUGACGCCCGACCUCUCAUGCAGAGUACACUCGACUUGUGCUGUCGUGAUGGCCUCGCCCAGGCCGCAGAUCUCGUUCUAUUGUCGUACGCGCCGCCGCUCCAGGUGACCACAAAGUAGCGUUCAAGGGUCAGGAGAGAGACAGAUUCGACACAUUUCCCCUACAGCUUCAAAUCCAAUCAACA